CCCUUUUCCUUUUCCUCUUAAAACCUCUCUCUCUCUCUCUCUCAUUUCUUCUGAGAAAACUGUUUUUCGGUUUUUGAGUUUUUUGGGGUGUGCUUCUCUGCUUUUGUUUGAAAUUUGAAAGAGAAUUUAGAGGAAAAAACAAAUAUUAAACAAAAAGAAAACCAGAUUGUUUGCUAUAUAAAGGAAAGCUUUGAAGAAGGAAAAAAGAAGGGGACCCCAGUCGACCAGACCAGACAUAAAACUCAAAAACCACCUUGUUCUAGCCGCUUCUUCUUAUUCUUGUUUGUGUUAUUGUUGUUAGCUUCACCGCCUCCUGGUUUGGUUUUUGUUUCAGCGGUUGAAAAAAACAAAAAAGAAGGAAAAUACCCCGGAAGCUUUUGGAAUAAAAAAACCAUAUCUUUUGUUUUCGUUUUUUCUUCUUUCGUUUUGGUGCUUUGAACCUGUCAAAUGAACGGCGAGUGAUUGAAUUGGAAUGUGAAAAACUUCUACUUGGAGUCGUCGAAGAUAUGUCUCUGGCUUUGCAUGUGGUAGAAACUCAAAAGAUCUGAAGGUGGUCCUUGUCCUGGCUUCGAGUUUCAGGCAAUGAGAAUUGAAGCUUGGAAUUCUAAGUUUGUAGCUCAGGUGAGCUGUGUUUCAGAUAGAGGCGUUAAGUGUUUAGAAAUAACUGAAAUGGUUUAUCAAUAAAUGGAUUGAAAAAGGGUAGCAGUCCGUUUGGAUGCAAUGUUAAAAGCAUUAGCUCCUGGGCUGUUGAUUUCUUCACUUCUCAUAUCGGUAUCAACGGCAGAUAAUGGCUUUCCGAGGUGUAAUUGUGAUGAUGAGGGAAGUUUUUGGAGCAUUGAGAGCAUCUUAGAGACUCAAAGAGUGAGUGAUUUCUUGAUUGCUGUGGCAUAUUUUUCGAUCCCUAUUGAGCUGCUUUACUUUGUUAGCUGCUCAAACGUGCCAUUCAAAUGGGUCCUCUUUCAGUUCAUCGCCUUCAUUGUCCUAUGUGGAUUGACCCAUUUGCUAAAUGGGUGGACCUAUGGCCCCCAUCCUUUUCAACUUAUGUUGGCUCUCACUGUGUUCAAGAUUCUCACUGCUUUGGUCUCAUGUGCCACUGCUAUUACGCUUAUCACGCUCAUUCCUUUGCUUCUCAAAGUGAAGGUGAGAGAAUUUAUGUUGAAGAAAAAGGCUUGGGACCUUGGGCGGGAAGUUGGUAUUAUAAUGAAACAGAAGGAGACUGGAUUGCAUGUCCGCAUGCUCACUCAAGAAAUUCGUAAAUCAUUGGAUAGGCAUAACAUUUUGUACACAACAAUGGUUGAAUUGUCCAAGACAUUAGGUUUGCAAAAUUGUGCUGUUUGGAUGCCUAAUGAGAUUAAGACAGAAAUGAAUCUGACUCAUGAACUCAAAGGAAGGAACUAUUCAUUUAAUUUUACCAUUCCCAUUACUGAUCCAGAUGUUGUAAGGAUUAAAGGGAGUGAUGGAGUGAAUAUCCUCAAGCCAGACUCAGCACUUGCUACUGCAAGCAAUGGAGAGUAUGGUGAGCCAGGACCAGUGGCUGCAAUUCGGAUGCCAAUGCUUCGUGUAUCCAAUUUUAAAGGGGGAACUCCUGAGCUAGUUCAGACAUGCUAUGCUAUCUUGGUUUGUCUUCUUCCAAGUGAACAACAUAGAUCAUGGAGCAACCAGGAGCUAGAGAUAGUUAAAGUGGUUGCUGAUCAGGUUGCUGUUGCACUUUCUCAUGCUGCAGUUCUUGAAGAAUCCCAACUCAUGAGGGACAAGUUGGUUGAGCAAAAUCGGGCAUUACAGCUGGCAAGGCAGAAUGCUAUGAGGGCAAGCCAGGCUAGAAAUGCAUUUCAGAAGGUAAUGAGUGAUGGAAUGAGGAGGCCUAUGCACUCGAUUUUAGGCUUGCUUUCCGUGAUGCAGGAUGGAAAUUUGAAUAAUGAUCAGCGCAUUAUUGUUGAUGCGAUGAUGAAGACCAGCAAUGUCCUAUCAACUUUGAUAAAUGAUGUGAUGGAUAUUUCAACAAUGGAUAGUGGAAGAUCCCCAUUGGAUAGGAGAUCUCUCCGAUUACAUUCCAUGAUAAAAGAAGCUGCUUGCCUUGCCAAGUGCUUGUGUGUUUAUAGGGGAUUUGGUUUUUCAAUUGAGGUUGAGAAGUCCUUGCCUGAUCUUGUUUUCGGUGAUGAAAGGAGAGUUUUUCAGGUGAUACUGCAUAUGGUUGGGAGUCUCUUGGAUGGCAAUAAUGGAGGGGGAACUGUAACACUUCGGGUGUUUUCAGAGAAUGGUAGUCAGGAACGGAAUGAUCAGAGACGGGCAGCCUGGAGGCAAAGCUCUUCUGAUGCAGAUGUACAUAUCAGGUUUGAAAUUAGGAUUGAAAGCGAUUCUCAAUCAGAGGGCUGCUCAACGUUGGACGUACAGCACAGUGGGAGAAGAUACCACAGCCAUGGAGCUGAGGAACGCUUGAGCUUCAGCAUUUGCCAAAAGCUAGUGCAGCUGAUGCAUGGGAAUAUCUGGGUAGUACAAAAUCCUCAAGGUUCUGCUCAAAGCAUGGCACUUGUUAUUCGGUUUCAAGUCCGACCAUCCAUCACCAUAACAAUGACUGAGUCCGGAGAAUCUUCAGACCAGCCACGUUCCAACUCUCUUUUCAGGGGCUUGCAAGUUUUACUAGCUGAUAUUGAUGAUGUGAACCGUGCUGUGACUCGAAAGCUUCUUGAGAAGUUGGGAUGCACUGUUUCUGCUGUGUCAUCUGGAUUUGAAUGCCUUAGUGCUAUUGGGACAGCCUCAUCUCCUUUUCAGAUUGUUAUUUUGGAGCUUCAGAUGCCUGAGUUGGAUGGAUAUGAAGUUGCACUGAGAAUUCGUAAGUACCGAAGUCGAAGUUGGCCAUUGAUUGUUGCCAUGACUGCUAGUGGUGAUGAGGAUGUCUGGGAAAGAUGUUCGCAGAUUGGAAUGAAUGGAGUUAUUCGAAAACCAGUGCUAUUACAAGAAAUUGCCAUUGAGCUUCGAAAAGUCCUGACGCAGGCAAACAAAGUUGUGUGAUGAGACCUGCUUUAAGUUGCAGAACUCUGGCGGCCUUGAAUCUUUCAAAUCAAUUUGGGGUUUCCAUAGACUAAGAAAACAUCUUUUGGCCCCUUCAAUUCCCCUACGUGCUUCCUGCAUAGAGAUGUUACACACACAACCUUCACAGUCAAAAUGGUAUACAAAGUUAGCUCCUUCACCUUUUCCCCCCUUGAUGUGCUCAAGCUCUUGUGCAAUUGCAUAGAUAGUUUCAGAUCUAAUCAUUAGUUUACUAGAAUUCUCUUCAACACAUCAUUCUAAUAAAAUAGAUUACAUGCACAGUGCAAAACUAGCUAGAUAAAGUUAUUGCAGGUUCGAAUUCAGUUGGUACAGCAAUUUGGGAACAUACUUAGAGUGCUAUAGUAUAGAUACAACUUGGCAAUUGUAAGGCAGUUUAUUCUGUGCCAUUUGGAAAGAAAUGGUUCAUAGACAAUUCAAAAUCUCUAGGUGAAACAUUUCGCAGAAGUUGUAUUUGUAGAAAGUUGUUCAUCAGCCUGCCUUGUGCCGUGCUAGUUCUGCCUUCUGUCAUAAUUGAAAUUUCAGUUGAACAUGAUGUCUACUUGCAAUCUGCUAUA